GCUGUCCACUUUCCCAUCAGAUGCCUCCGUGUUCUCCGUCACACUGUCAGACUCCAGUCCGGGUUUUGUGGCUCCCCCGCCCCGGAGAGCAGCUUAACGUUAUCUCCUCUUUCUUUGUGUUUCAACCUCUUUAGUCUGCUCCGAGGGACGGGGAACACUGGGGAAAGCCACUUUUAUACUUCACCAAUGUCUGGGGGACUACACGCGGACUUCUCCAAUGAAGAAGGCUUUAUCAGCCGGUUUCCCGUCCACCGUGCUUGCAGGGAUGGAGACGUUGAUGCUUUGGUGUCCCUGUUCCAGCAGCUCUCAGACCCAGCUCCUCUGACUGCUGAGGACCCGUGCUACGGAUGGAGCCCCUUACACUGGGCUGCUCACUAUGGCCAGCUCGAGUGUGUGGUGCGCCUGGUGCAGAUGGGUUGUGAGGUGAACACAGUGACCAGCCGCUUCCACCAGACCCCAACACACACCGCAGCGUUCGGAGGACACCCCCACUGUGUGCUGUGGCUGACUCAGGCCGGAGCUGAUGUCAACAUGCAGGAUCUUGUAGGUGAGGCUCCCAUCCACAAGGCGGCUCGCUCAGGUAGUGUGGAGUGUAUCCAGGUGCUGCUGGUAGCGGGGGCUAAAGCACAGUUAAGGAAUGCCAGUGGGCAGACAGCAGCGGACCUGGCGCACGCUCACGGCUUCCUCGACUCUUUCUGCUUCCUUUCCAAGACCAAGAAGCUGCUGCAGCUGCAUGUGAGGGGGGGGCAGAAUGGAGACAGCGCGCCCUGUGGUCCGGGCCUGCUCAGCCGGAAGAGGCUGCUGACGGCCGGGGACAGCAGGGACCUGAAGAAAGCCCGGGGGGACAUGCUGGUGCAGAUGCAGGUUGGAGGAGGUGGAGAAGAGGAUCUGGAGAGCGUUGCCAUGGAGUCGGCCCCGGAGCUCCUCUCAGCAUCAGAUGAGCACCCCCCACCCCCCAGCAGCCGUCCCCUCCCUCUACCCCUCGCUGAGCACCAGGAACAGCAGCCAGCCUCCUCAGCCAAUCAGCAUGCAGCAUUAGCAUCCACUCAGCACUCCUCCGCAGACAUGUGCGGCUCGCUGCACCAGAGCGGCAGCCCCAGCAGCUGCGUGUCCCACCGGCCAGCUUGGGGGGGGCUCAGGGGAACGGACUGCAAGGACUUCAUGCACUACGGACACUACCAUGGCUUCGGAGACACGGCGGAGGAGCUGAGUGACAGCUCCCAGGCGGAGCACAGAUACAGGCAGGCAGUGGCCCACCUCCACCCACACUCAUAGGGGGGGGGGGGGCUGCUCGUCAAUAAGCAUCAUUGAACACACACGUACUGUCAAACCCAGAGUAACCACAGACACCCAGCACCUGCAGUUCCUGUUACUCCACUUCCUCUCAGCGGCCUCUCAUGGUCUUCAUCAGCAGUUGGGACCGGUCACAUCUGAAGCAGAGCCUCUACCCCCCCCCCCCCCCCCCCCCCCCCCUACAAGUCUUUUUUACAUGUUGUAUUUUUGAUAUAGUCACCAGAACACAGGAAGCCUGGCACCAAAAUGUCCAGCCGAGGAAAAAAGUAUCUUCCCACAGAAUCUAACCACUGGUCUGGGAUUUUGGUAUUAAAUUACAGUCAAAUGCACCAUUUAGAAACUUCUUCAGAGCUUUUUGGUUCAUCUUAAACAGAGAAAUGUCAAAUGUGGGGCUGAGAAGAAAUAAUUAGGGAAAUUAAACCACACUAAUACUAGUCUUCUAUUUGAGCAAAUACCUCAAAAUACCUCCAACACCUCAACUACCGUGCAUGUAAGGCUACCCAGUUUUCCAUUGGCAGAUUAUUUUUGAUUUAAUGGCUCAGAGGGGGGGGGGGAUCACCUGCACUCUACCAAAAGCAUCACCUGCACUCUACCAAAGGGAAUAUAUAUUUUUUCAAUGUUUUGGGCAACCAGUGCCUUUAAUGCAGGGUAAUUCAGAAACGGGGAGACAGAGGGGAAGAGACUCAAGCCGGAUUCGAACCUGGGUCCAAACCCCUGUAUAUGGCCGCCUGCUCUACCCAGUGAGCUAUACGACGGCCUCAAAGGGAAUAUUAAAAAGCAUUUGUUAUUUGUGUUUUAGAGCAGAUGAAUGUGUGAUCUGACAGCGUUCUGUAGUCUUAGGGAAUCGCUCGGAUUGUUGUGCUGAAGAAAUGCUGCCUCUUUUUCUACACCCUUUUGUACUGCUUCUGGUUUCGCCUCUUUGCUAUUAAAACAUUUUGCAGUUUCAUAAAAAAGGUACAAGCUGAUGUUUGUCUCUGUGUUGGGAGGGGU